AUGGAAACUUGUUGCGGCGGAGAUGAUGUAAAUGCCCUGGUGGUGGAUCCGGGAUACGAAUACACAAAGAUUGGACACUGCCAGGAGGAUACCCCUAGGACUUUAUUACCAAGUUUCGCUACUAAUGAUGGAUUAUCGUUAUCACCAUUUGUACCGCCAAAUUGUGUACCAAAAUUGCUACUAACCAGGUACUACACAAACACCAGUAAGUUUGGCCAAGAGACAAAGUACAAUAUCGAUACGGAAAUUUUUGAACAGCUCCUAUAUGAGGGCAUUUUGGGUACUAAAUAUAAUUGCCAAGAUAGUUAUAAAAACUGGCCCAACACUUAUAAUGACCAAUCACGCAUAGAAGGUUUAUGUUCAAAUUUACAAGACCAUCCAAUACUAGUCACUGAGCCCAGCCUGGAAAGUCGCCCCUAUAGGGAAUGUGUUGCAGAGGUUUUAUUCGAGAAAAUAGAAUCUCCUGCCGCCUUUGUGGCCAAACGUGCAGUCCUUUCUGCUUUUGCUGCAGGGAGAAGUAAUGCUUUGGUGUUGGAUAUUGGAGCGGGGGGGUUAGUAUCAGCCCCUGUAUACGAGGGUACUUGUUUGCAAUGCCCAAUAAUAGAUUUACCCCUAGGGGGUCAGGGUUUGGAUGAGUAUCUGCUUCAUUUGCUCACUGCAGAAAAUAUCAAUUUAGGCGACUUAACAUUACAUCAGCAAUUGUGGUUAUGUAAGAAUUUCAAGGAAAUGUUGAUAGAAAACACGUAUACAUUACCAGAUCGCACAGUCAUUGAGACGCAAAAGAUUAAAAAUACGCUCACAAAUGUGUUAAUGCUUCCAAGUGCUGUUACAAACCAUAAUAUCCAAGGUUAUAAGGGUCUGCCUCAGACAAUUUUGGAUACAUUGUUGGAAUGUGAUGUGGAUGUGAGGAAAGAUUUGUUAACUGCGAUAAUUUUUACUGGCGGGGUGUCCCUCUUGGCAGGACUGGUAGACAACCUGCCCACUGAGCUAAACAAGCAAAAUCUCUUGGGUUCCUUCAAGUACAAACUCAUAGUGUCUAACAAUAUUAUUGAACGAAAGUAUUCCACUUGGCUUGGCGGGUCAAUAUUGACAAGUUUGGGCAAAUUUCAACAAUUGUGGAUAUCACAGCCCGAAUUUAUGGAGCAUGGCAUGCCAAUUUUCGACAGGAAAUGCCGCUAA